AUGGCCUCGGUGGUUCGCCUCCCGUCUGCCAGCAUCCCUUUCGCGGCAGCGCACCGUGCGCCUCACCGACCCGGGCGCCGCGUUCGACUCGCGAUGGCGGAUGCGUCGUGCAGGAGGGGCCUGCUGCGAGGAUUCCCAACUCCUCACAUGUCGCCAUCUGCCCUGCCACGUCAUCUGCCAAUCACCGUUGCCCAAGCCACCACUGCUCUGCACCGUGCUGAACCCGUCUCCACACCUGAGGUGGAGGCGUUGCUGGACAGCAUCAAGUGGGACGAGAAGGGCCUCGUAGUGGCCAUCGCCCAGCAUGCUGACACUGGCGCCAUCCUUAUGCAGGGAUUCGCGAAUCGGGAUGCCGUGUCGGCCACGCUGGCGUCGGACCGCGCCACGUUCUUCAGCCGGUCGCGGCAGUGCCUGUGGACCAAGGGCGAGACAUCAGGGCACUUCAUCCAUGUGCUCGACAUGUUCAUUGACUGCGACAGGGACACGAUCAUCUACCGUGGUAUACCUGACGGGCCCACUUGCCAUACAGGCACUGACACAUGCUUCUUCACGAAAUUGGACCUGUCCAGUGAUUCAGUAGCUAAGAACAUGUCUGCCUCUAAUGAGGAUGUUUCUUGUGCCCAGAGCACGCUUUUUCAACUAGAGGAAGUCAUUGCGUCCCGUAGACGGCAGAUGGAGCAGGAACAGCAGCAGCAGGAGCAGCAGAAACCAGGAGAAGCGCGAUUAAAGCCAUCGUGGACUGCACGCUUGCUUUCAAAUCACUCACUUCUUUGUUCCAAAAUCAGGGAGGAGGCGGAUGAGUUGUGCCAGACCUUGGAAGGGAAUGAGGCGGGUGAAAGAGCUGCUUCUGAGAUGGCAGACGUCGUUUACCAUUCUAUGGUUCUACUUGCCGUCAAGGGUGUCAAGAUGGAAGAUGUUGCCUCUCAGCUACGCAGAAGAUUUUCCAUGUCCGGAAUUGACGAGAAAGAGACGUCAAUUUCAGAAAUGUGUGGUGCGUCAGAUACCUCUUUCUCUUUUCCUGUCAGUAUUCCGUCGUUCCUGCUGCCUGAUCUGCAGCCGUCCAAAUCCAUUAGCUCCUCCUUCCUCGUCGACGCGUCGAUGCAAUCAAGCGAUGAGGAUCACGCGCUUCCUUUAUCUCUCUCAACCAUGCCGCCGUCGUCGUCCAAUGCUCUCCCCUCAUCACAGCAGCAGCAACAGCCGAAGCACGUAGAUCGGCGAUGCGUCCAGGAGGUCGAUUUCUUUCGACCCCGCGCAGAACCUUCCGCUGACAGACCUUCCGCGGCAACGGUCCCUGCAUCCGAGUCGGCCCCCGCCUUCCCACCCACUAAUACCGCUGCAGCGGGUCCCGUGGGUACGAGUCGCCAUGGGGACCAUCGAAGCGCUGAGCCAACGACCAGGUCGUGCGUCGACUACUCCGUCGUAUCCGUAACACCCCAUCCGCUCCUUCCCUCAGCACAGCAGAAACUGCCGUCGGCGGGCCGAGCCCCGUCAUUGGCGUCCUCGUUAAUGGCGUCGGUGGCCGAAUGGUCCAACGUGAUGAUGCCGCCGCCAGCGACAGCAGGAACUGCCAAAGGGUCUCUGCCAGGCUCCUCGCUCACCAACGAUCUGCACAGACCCGUUACCGCCCUUCGCCGACCGACGGGUAACCCGUUUGGCGAGAAGUCGCGCGGAGACGCGGCACCGGAAGUGGGCGAUGGUUCGGCGAAAAGGCCUCGAUGCGAGAGCCCGUCGCAUCAGCUGCUACCCAGCCUGAGCAGCAGCACGGCCUGCACCGCCAAUAUCCGCGAUAGUAGCCACCCCGCGACUACAAGAUCUGGCCGAUCCAACCCGGCGCCGCCCGUCCCAAGCAAGUUCUCAUCGGCGACUCUCGUGCAGGAUAUUCAGAAAUCGGCGCGCGGUGACCUGUCUCUGGACCUCCCCCCACCGUGUUGCUCCUGGAUGUGCAUCUACUUCUCCGUGCCGUGCCGCAAGAAACGCCGCCUCGCGCCGUCGUCUACCACCAGCGGAAGGACCAACAGCGUCAGCGCGGCUGUUAGCGGAAGCAUGAUCAGCGGCGGCGGCGACAGCGGCGUGAUCAGGAGGCGGAGGGCGGCUCGCCCCGUCGCGCUUCCCGCGUCGAGUGGUAACAGUCUGUCGGUCGCGGCGGGAGCUCCGCAAAAUCCGCCGCGGGAGCCGGCUGCGAGGGCGGCGAGCGUGAAGGAGGAGCGUGACGUAUGGGCGAGGGACGACCAAUCCAAGGCUAGCGGUAGUAAAUGCGGUGCACAUCUGUCGAGAUGCGACGGUGCGAAUGAGAGCGCGAACGGUGGGGAUUCGUCGGUGCACGGAGGCCUAAAUACCGCGCUGGCGUCGGCGUUAGCAGCAGCUAGAGACGGUCCGUCAGCAGCAGCAGCAGCAGCAGCAGCAGCAGCAGCAGCAGCAGCAGCAACAGGAGCAGCAAGAGAAGCAACAGGAGCCACGUCAGCAGGAGGAGCGGGCACGUCAGCAGCACCAGGAGGGGGUGUGUUUGUACCAUCGGGGGUGGGGAGCAAUCCGGUUGGAGUGGGAAGGCAGCCAGCAGGCGCGUCGGCGUCCGAGCUGCUGGCGUCGUACGCGGCGUCUGGGUGCGCGUCGCCUGCCCUCCGCGCGUUCCUCGCGCUCUCCCCGCAACUUUCGUCUCUGCUCAGCCCGCCCUGCGCUCCCCCUUCCGCGGUGGCGGCUGCGGAUGGUAUGGCGACAAGGGAUGACAAGAAGCGAGGGUUCGGCCCACCUCCUCCUAAGGACAAGGCUGCGGGCUCUGGAUUCGUGAAUCUGACAGGUAGAGAGGACCUGAUGGCUGGUCGCAGGGAGUUCGACCUUGCCUUUUCUUCCUCCACGCCCCCCGAAGCCCUGCUGGCUCAGGCUCGAGCCCGAGCCAAGGCACGGACCAUUGCUAAAUCUCAGGCUCGGAAGGCUGAAGGGUCAGGUGGUGGGGAGGGAUCAGACCAUAUAGAUGGGGAGGGGAGCAAGCAGGCUGACGAUGAAAUGAGAGGGGUGGAUCCGGAAAGCAACAGCAAUGGUGGCUCAGUCUAUGCUAAGGCUGGAAGUGAUGUGGAUGACAAAGCAGCUGAGCAUUCCGCUACUGGAAUUCCACCUACCUCUGCUGGUCUUCCCUUGGAUCUCACGCCAAGUCAAGCUGUGAUCUCAGCUGGCAUGCUCGCUGUAACAGCGCUGGCUUUGGGGAAGGGAUCGAGUGAUUUCUUGUCUAAUGAGGUCAUUUUGCUACUGCAGGUUUGGAUGGCUGUUGCUUGGACUACUCACUGCUCUCUUGGUGCAUUUGCUGCCUUCAUAUGCCAUCGACCAGGCAAUCAGCUCCCUGCAUCAUCUGCUACAAAGUGGUUCUUCAAAAUAUCGCUAGCUGGAUUUCUAGCAUUUUCUGAGUUCUGGAACAUUUGGAGACCACGUGGAAGCUUGUAA